CUUGGCGCCGCCCAUGAUGCAACGAGUCGUGCGCCACCACCAUGUUGCCAUCCGCCGCCACCUCUUCUCGACGUCUCGAUUGAUUCAUGGGGAAGACGAAAUGGAGAGAUUUGGCGCGGCAUUGGCCUCCCAGAUCCCGUCCACCCAAUCGGGCAACGUUCUGCUCCUUCAUGGUGACCUCGGGUGUGGCAAAACGUGCUUUGCCCGCGGAUUUGCGCGAACGUGGUGCAGCGACGCCUCCAUGGACGUGACGUCUCCAACAUACCUUCUCAUCAACACGUACAAUCCUCCGUCUACCUCAAAGCGAAGCACCCUCCAUCACAUGGAUCUAUAUCGCCUCGACCGCGUGACCUCCACGGACGCCGAAGCCCUAGGCCUCGAAGAUGCAUUCACUAACGGAACGAGCAUUGUGGAAUGGCCCGAUCGACUACAAGAGUUGCCGACGCCGAGGCUGGACGUGCAUAUUACGUACACGGACGUGGAAGGUGAACGCGAGGUGCAUGUGGCAGCGCAUGGAGGGAAAUGGGAACGUGUACAAGCAUGGUUUCACGCAGACUCUUAAUUCGUCGGUGCUUGAUACGUAUUCUUGUCGUUCCACUUGUCGAUCAUCUCGUUAAUGUACGCGACGACGGCCGGGUUCGGGUCGAUGAAGAGGUGGUUGUCGUCC